AAGUGACAGUGGACACUAUAUAUAUAGGGGACAUUGUGAAACCUCACCUAGAGCUCAUCCCCACCACCAGGCACCAUGGCCGGCUUGUACUACCUACCUGGGGUGAUUGUGGCACUGUCUCUGCUGUGCUGUGGGGUCUCGGCGUCUGAUGAGGCAGGAUUUUUGGAGCGGCUCCGGCGAUCUGCUGAUGCUCCUUCUCCGGUGGACUGUGAGAUCAGUAAAUGGGGGUCUUGGAGUGAAUGUGACCCGUGUACCAGUCAGAGGUACCGCUCUCGGAGCAUUGUGAAGUUUGGCCAGUAUGGCGGCACCCGAUGUUUGAGCUCAUUGGGCGAGUAUCAACGUUGUAAACCAGACAAAAAUUGCGAAGACACCGUAAUCGACUGUGGAAACGACUUCCAAUGUGAAACAGGAAGAUGCAUUAAAAUGAGGCUGCUGUGUAACGGAGACAAUGAUUGUGGAGACGGUUCUGAUGAAACUUGUGAUGAAGACCAAGAUCCAAAACCCGUCUGCCGAAAUAUGGAUGUGGAAUUGUCAGAACUUGGAAGGACGGCGGGAGACGGUUUUGCUAUCCUGGGGAUGGAAAUAAAGAGAAACCCCUUUGACAAUGAGUUCUUCAAUGGGAUAUGUGACCGCGUCCGUGAUGGUAACACGAGGACCUAUUACCGCAAGCCGUGGAAUGUGGCUGCUCUUGUGUAUCAGACCAAAGCUGAUAAAUCUUUUACAACUGAAACCUACGAAGAUGCUGUCGAGCUAUUGACUAAGGUCAUACAGGAACAAACCAAGGAGUUCGACAUCUCAUUGUCUAUGAAAGUGACACCUACCGAGCACAAUGACACCACGAUUACUGGGAAUGUAGGACUGAAAACAUCCAGAAAUGAAAGCAUUCAAACAAUAAAAGAAUACUCCAAGAAAACGAACAAACAAUUUUUAAGGGUUUCAGGGUCUGUCCAGUUGGCGACUUUCCAAAUGAGGGCAAGAAACAGCAUGGCAUCGCCAACUUUCAUUGAAGACUUGAACAAUCUCCCGUCCUCCUACCAAAAGGCAGAAUAUUUUGCCUUACUAGAGAUGUAUGGAACUCAUUAUGCAUUGUCUGGAGUCAUUGGAGGGAAAUAUGAACUUGUUUACGUGUUGGAUUCCAUAGCCAUGAAAACCAAAGAUGUUACCACCAGCACUGUAACGCAGUGUCUUGGAUACAAUGCCGGCAUAUCUGUGGCACAUCAGGGGAUUGAUGUUUCCGCUAACGUGAAAGCAACAGAUUGUGAAAAGAUCCUUUCCAGUGCACAAGGGAACACACAAAGUUCUUCUGUGAUCGAGGACGUUGUCUCAUUUGUGGAGGGAGGAACCAUAGAUUUCGCGACACUUCUAGAAGAGAAGCUUUCCCGGAGAAGCACUGAAAUUGAUGUUGAACACUUUGUGAAAUGGGCGUCUUCCUUAGUAGAUGCUCCGGUCAUAAUCAAGAGAAAGCUUUCUCCCAUUUACACCCUGGUUCCCAUUGACCUGAGAGACUCCUAUAUAAAGAAAAGAAACCUUGAGCGAGCCAUUGAAGAUUACAUAGAUGAAUAUAAUGUGUGUAAAUGUCAGCCCUGUCAGAACGGUGGCACGCUGGUGCUGCUGGACGGGGAAUGUGUGUGCAAGUGCCCGCUGGAGUACACGGGCAGCGCCUGCGAGAAGCUGAAGAACAAGCUCUUGAGUAAGCCUUCAAAGCCUCUUGAUGGAAAAUGGAGUUGCUGGAAGCCGUCACCUUCCUGCAUAAACGAGGAAGAGACAAGAACCCGAACGUGCAACAACCCAGCACCACAACCAGGUGGAAGACCAUGUGAGGGGAGCAAUAGAAGAACAGUUCCAUGCUGAAAUAAAACUAUGUAGGCUCAGCUUUUAUGAGUUUCCACUUCAAAAACUAUCUUUGUUUUUCUUGACCUCCUAAUGCUCUAUACACUUUCCAGUUUAGCCCCAUUUCUUACUAUACUUCCAUAGAAUUAAGGCCAUGUUCACAUCUGGGCUCAAACUUUCGUUUGGAGCCUCUGUCCACAGUUCUGUCACUUUUGCUGAUAAGAUCAGGACAGCAUGUAGGACUAUUCCUGCUGUCAAAACAUGGAAACGUUAGAGGAACCUGGAUGGAUCUUACUACAAGUCUGUUGGGUCCACCAAGAACAUUUUGAGUCUUACAUAAUCGCCCAUCUAUACAUCCUGU